AUGGGUGAUGGGUUUAGAAUCCAUCGUUUUAUUGAUGCUGGAGAAGAACCCAGUAAACUGCUAAUACCAAUCGAAGGCUACGAGAAGAAAGAUUUAGUAUCACUCAAAGAAGCUAUUGAGCCAAUAAAAAAUUUGUUGCAUAAUACUGAUCGAAUGGUAGAUAUAGCUUUGCAGAACUCCAACGAGCCACCAGAUGGUAUCACCACUGAUGAAUCAGCCGCUAUUCAUAUUUACACGAUACAAUGGCCUGACACGCAUGAUAGCCUGUACAAGCUUCUCAAUCGAGCGCUACGUGAUGAGAGACGAAACGAACUGAAACCAUGGUUCUCCUACCUCAAACUUAUUCUUACCGCUCUGUACAAGUUACCACCCAUCAAGAAAACACUUUGGCGCGCUGUUCGCGGUAAUAUGAAUAAUGAAUACAAAGAAUAUAAAAUAUGGUGGGGAUUCAGCUCAUGCACAGAAAGCAGGAAUGUGGCGGACCAGUUUCUAAAAAGCUCGGAAGAAUGCACUCUUUUUAAGAUAGAAUGUAUCAGUGGCCGCUGCAUCGAGUCAUAUUCUUAUUUCAAAGAAGAGAAAGAAAUACUUCUGAUGCCUGGCACUUAUCUACGGAUCUUGGGAAAACGGACUGAAGCUAAUGGUUUGCAUAUAAUAGAAUUACUAGAAACAAAACCGCCAUAUCAGCUCAUUACACCACCUUUUACAAGUGAGGCUUUUCAUUCUAUUCUUCCAUAG